AUGUUUGAGCCAUUUCGUUCACUCGUUCUGAACAGAAGAUUCGGCGAUGAGACUCUUCGCGUUCUGGAAUCGAUUCUGGUUUCCAAGGACGUCAAAUCCUCCAUAGAAGUCCGAUCUGCCCUGAGACAAUUCAUGAGAUCCGAAUCCUUCUCAAUUCUCCAAGAAAUUUCUCAGAAAACCGUCGCGGAGAAGCUUCUUGUUCUCGAAUUUCUCGUUCGCACGUUCGCGCUCGUCGGCGAUGUUGAGAAUUGCUUAGCUUUGAGAUAUGAGGCUUUGCUUUUGCGAGAUCUGAAGUCAGCUACUCAGCAAUGGCUGAAGGUUCCACAUCUGGAAUGGUUCAACUUUGCUCAGCAGUUACUGGACAAUGGUUUCUAUUCAAUUGCUGCAAAGGUUUGUGAAAAUGCGUUGUCAUCCCUUAAGUGGAAGUCUGCUGAACAGCCUACAGCAGAUGGAGUUUUCAGUGAGAGGAUAUCUUCUGAAGACCCAAAAACAGACAAAGUCACUGAAAAUGAGCAAGUUAUUGAAAAGAUAAAGAGGCUCAAGGAGUGUGCCAUGGCAUCUGCUUCUUCUCACUCAGUUCAAACACAAACGGCAGACUACAUGAAUAAGAGACUAAAACAGAAGAGUAUGGUGUGCUCUCCAGUUCUGAAGAAGACAACAUGUGUAGCAAGCACUUUGUUCAGAAAUGGAAUUAAAAAGCGUAAUGAACGAAAAUUGAAUGAAAGCAGAAGCUUAUUGGGGUUGAGUUGAGUGGUUGAUGGCUCAUAUCUUAGUCAAAUCAUGGACAUUUGUAACACUCUUGUGCUCUGCUUAUGAAGGAAGCUUGAGUUUCAUACUCAUCAGAGAAAGACUAGUUGUAUCUGGUUGU